AUGAACAACGAAUCUGGAAUCUCCAGUAACACUUCUGAAAAACGAGCUCUUCAGUACAAGAAAAACAUGGAGCUUUUCAUUGCCAGGACUGUGAUGGUUCAGGACGGGAAUGUGGAAGGUGCUUACAGGACCCUGAGCAGGAUCCUCAGCAGCGAUGGGCUCACGGAAGCCAUAAAGCGCCGACGCUUUUAUGAGAAACCCUGUCGCCGCCACCAGCGGGAGAGCUAUGAAUCAUGUCGAAGAAUCUACAACAUGGAAAUGGCUCGAAAGAUCAACUUCGUGAUGCGAAAGAACCGCGCAGAUCCAUGGCUUGGCUGCUAAUGCCUGUGGUCACAUUAAUUCUAUGUUCAGCUCUUUUCUUUAUCCAAUCCCAAUUUCUGUUACAUUUUUCACAAUAAACUCAGUCACAGGUGAACAAGGCUUUCCUGUGCAGAAGCUCUCUCAUUA